AAAAAUAAAAAAAUACACACUUACGAUGCCCUGUUUUAAGCGAGAGAGAAGUAUAUCGCACUGCCCUCGAAAGGACAAGCAAAAUAAUAGAGAAGUUCCUCUCAAACCAGUGCAUCCUCGAUCUCUAAGAUAUCAUGGUCUCUUUGGCGUGUCCUUUGCUCCGCAGCACAUGGUAAUCGAUGAGAGAUGGGCACCCAACUCAUUAACUGAGCAAUUUGGCGGAAUGACCGAUUUGUUAACACGUAACUUAAUCUUCAAGAGGUAUGACACGAAGGCCAAUCGGUUGAACUACGUUAAGGAAAGUAAGAAAUUGAAAUUACAGUGCCGCGAUGGACGGGCUAAGCUUCAGAACAUCCUCACCGAUGAUAAUACGCAUAGGAUUCGAAAUUUUCUGAUCAACCACAAGGAUAUGCAGCGUCUCUAUCAGAGAAUGCCCAUUCAUCUUGUUGCUGAUAAUAUUAAUCAGCGGACUUUUACAAUGCGAAAAGAGCGAGAUCGUUUGGAGUGUCGAUUGGGCCAACUAAAGCAUCAAUAUAGAAAAAUGCUGAUAGAUCGUGCCGAGUUGGAAAACCGCAUCAGAUAUCAGAAUGAGUUUGUCUUGGAGGAGGAGAUCAAAUCGCGUGAUUUUAUCAAGAAAAUUGAAAACUCUAAUGUGCGUCUAAAGGCCAUUAAGGCCAUUAAUAGUACGUAUCAAAAAAUGAUUGAGGUAUUACGGCACGAUGCAAUAUUUUAUGAGCCCAUUCUCCGCUCUCUCGCUGCUGACAUGGAGGAUCAGGCGAAUUUCAUAAAGCACAUACUUUAUUUGGGCAUGCCUGCAAUAUCAAAAUUUAAGGAGCUAAAUGACCAGUAUCGACAUCUGGAGAAUAAGUCUUCUAAAUAUCACUUGAUAAAAGAACAAUUAUUAGCCUCCUUUAAAAAUACUAAGAAAGCCGGUUCUUUUGGUGCCAAGCCCCGUGAAGGGAACCCGGCAUCUGCAAAUCCAAAGCGUUAUUUGCGUGAGACUACCAGCAUGCUAAUACUCAAGAACGUGUUUCAAACCCUAGAGAAGAGAAUUAAUGAGGUGAAAUGCGGAACACUAUGCUUGCAGGCGAAGGAGAUUUAUCCUCGUUUGGAAUUCCAAAUGGAUAAUAAGGAGAAGAUGAUUCGACUCACCGAGCAUGACAAGAUGACCCGAGAAUACCUAGAGGAAAAAAUUAAAUACGCAACCUUGCUGGAAGGCAUUUUAGUUAACAAUUUAUCCGAGGAGGAAAUUAAUCGCCUUGAGCGAAUUGAAGACCUAAAAAGAAUAUUGAAAGGUGACGAGGAACUUGAGCAAAAAACCUUGGAGUAUAUAAAGAAUCGCGCAGAUGCAUUUGUAUUAAUUCGCAUUAGACUUUGGAAUCUAAUUGAAAUUUUACGACACAUAGAUCGUGAUCCAAAAAUGUUCCGCUCUCAGUAUCCAAAUUCGUAUUUGAAGUUGCCACUUCUCAAAUUCGAGAUGCAUCAUAUGUACGCUUCGCCACCAGAGCUUUGCGAGGAAGACACUGAAAAAAUUAUGAGUUUUAUCAAGCGUAAGGUUUACAAGCUGAUGAAGGGUUACAAUGCGACAUCGGAUAUAGAUAAUAGCAAGGAAAAAUAUCAUAUCGAAUUUUUAAAAACAGUCAAGUGUAACCCACACAUUCGUAGUGCCGAGGGACGCGGAGCGACAGUUGGUGAAGAUCUACUGCAGAUGCAAAAGACCUUGGCAAAUGUCCCGGAUCGCACUCAGAUUAAAGCGCAGAGUAACAGAAUCGUUGAUGAUGCUAUACUACGACGAGAUGAAGCAUAAUGUAAUAACAUACUAUGAGACAACAAUAUUAUUGUACUAACAUACCCCAGAUACGAAUAGAUAAGAACUUCAUUCUCAUGCUAUAGAUAUUUUAAGGAACCUGUGAAAUUUCUGUCUACUUAUGUUUGUACUUAUUUAAGUUUCAUUUAUUCGAACUAAAGUCAGUUCUUUCAA